UGUCCAACACAGCACAGAUAAGAGAGAGAGAGAGAGAGAGACAGCCAUUUUAUAGAGAGAGAAAAGCGCCUCUGAUCUUGACAAACCCUAACUCUCCGUUUCUCCCUUCAGUUUUACUCCUCCACAUUUCUCUCGCGCUCAAGAUUCCUUGUUCUUCUUCCAAGAACCGCUCCUGGAUCCGCUGCCGCCUCCUUUUUGGUCCGUUUUUCGGCGCGGUUCAGGGAGGACUCGGUUCUGUUGGUUCUUGGCGCUGAUUUUGUGUGCAUUUAGGGCUUUCUGUGGAUUUGGAGUUUUGGCAAUGGUGUUUUUGAUUUAGAGAGAGAAGCGGAUAUGGAUGAUCGCGGCGGAGGGUCGUUUGUCGCUGUCAGAAGGAUAUCUCAGGGUCUCGACAGAGGCAACACCUGUCAUUCGACGUCUGCUGAGGUUGUGGCAGGAUCAGCAGCAUGGCUUGGUAGAGGUCUUUCUUGUGUUUGUGCACAGAGAAGAGAGAGUGAUGCUCGUCCCUCAUUCGAUUUAACCCCUGCCCAGGAGGAAUGCUUGCAGAGGCUACAGAGCCGUAUAGAAGUGUCCUAUGACAGUUCAAUCCCUGAACACCAGGAAGCCUUAAGGGCUUUGUGGAAUGCUUCAUUUCCUGAGGAAGAACUCCGUGAUUUAAUAUCUGAGCAGUGGAAAGAAAUGGGUUGGCAAGGAAAAGAUCCAUCCACAGAUUUUAGGGGUGGUGGUUUUAUAUCAUUGGAGAAUUUAUUGUUCUUUGCUAGGAAUUAUCCGAAAUCCUUCCAGGAUCUUCUCCGAAAGCAGGAAGGUGAUCGAGCCUUGUGGGAAUACCCCUUUGCUGUAGCUGGUGUUAACAUCACGUUCAUGCUUAUUCAGAUGCUUGAUCUAGAAGCAGUCAAGCCACGAUCGAUGGCAGGAGCAAUUUUCUUGAAGUUUCUUUCUGAAAACGAGUCAGCAUUUGACCUUCUUUAUUGCAUCACCUUCAAGUUGAUGGAUAAUCAAUGGCUUGCCAUGCAUGCAUCAUACAUGGACUUCAAUACAGUGAUGAAAUCCACAAGGCGCCAGCUGGAAAGGGAGCUUCUGCUUGAGGAUGUAUCACGCCUUGAAGACUUGCCCUCAUAUAGCCUUCUUACCCGAUAGUAUAACAGUUUGUAGAAGUUGAGAACAAAACGGCUUGCAACAGGGAAAUGCAUAUGCCAUAAUUGAACUGCGAUCUCUUUUAUUGGUCUCUGUUCCUCUUCUCUUUGAUGUUUUUAACUAGAUGGUGUUUCUCCUCAAUGAUAAACUUUGCUAAGAGCCAUAUCGGCUGGCCUAUAUUCCCAUUUUCUUUCUUCUCCGAAAAGGAGGGGGGCUUGAGUUUGGCAAGUUUGUUAAGGCUGAGACCAGUAAUUCCCAGUGUGAUUGCUUUCUGGUUUCCAAAGCAGGAGUUAAUUUGUGACAUGGGAACAUAAUGUCUGACUCACACACUGCAAGUGAAUGUAGUUUGGUGUAUUAGUAGGGGGUGUAACAUUCAGUUGUGAUGACGGUGGUUGCAGCUGGAGGUCUUGCGAAUCUCGUGGUUUGCCAAAUAAAAAUUGCUUCUCUUCCAUUUUUAAAUCGUGGUUGGUAGCCUCUUUGGAAUUACUUUUCAAUAUAGUUGCAGCCUGCAGGGAUUAUUGCAGUGGACUGGAAAGCUCAGCCCCAUUUAAGUACGGAUCAUCGGAAGUACAAGUGAUGGUGUAUUGUAAGUUUUGGAACACUUGUUUUAAAGAUUUUUGGCAAGAAAUGAUCAAUACUUUGUAUUAGCUGCCA